AUGGCGGUGGGCCUGCAGAUUGUGGGUCUGUUUCUGGGCGUGGUGUCCUGGUGUCUGCAGUCCAGCUGUACCUCCAACCAGGUGUGGAAGAUGAGGAGUCAGUCGGAGUCGGUUACCACCAGCCAGUGGCAGUUCGAGGGCCUGUGGAUGAGCUGUGCUGCCACCUCGAUGGGGUCCAUCCAGUGCAGCAAGUUCAAGACGGUGCUGGGACUGUCGGCUCACCUGCAGACCUGCAGGGCUCUGAUGAUCCUGUCCCUGCUCUUCGGUCUGACCUCCAUCAUCGUCUCCGUGCUGGGACUCAAAUGCACCAAACUCGGCAGAACGCCCGAGCAGGUCAAAGCCAAGAUCGUCCUGAGCGGAGGGAUCCUCUUCAUCCUGUCGGGUCUCUUCACUCUGAUCGCCGUGUCCUGGUACGCUGCCAGAGUCAUCAACGACUUCUACGACCCGCUCUACGGAGGAGUCCGGUUCGAGCUGGGUACUGGUCUGUAUCUGGGCUGGGCAGCCGCUGGUCUGGCCAUACUGGGAGGAUCUAUGCUUUGCUGCUCCAGUAAGACUACUCCCUCCAGCCCACCUGCUCGGCAGUUUUCUUACUACUCCACCACCGGCCAAGGUCGGAGCAUCUACAGAGCAGCUCCGGCCUCAGACGCCAGCGGCUCCAAGGCUUACGUCUGA